AUGAAGCUCGUUGUUGCAGUUGCCUUUGUGUGUCUGCUCGGAGUGUGUCUUGCCGAGGAAGCCUCGAUCGUGUCCGAUGACAAGGAAAUGAACGUCGAUGGCAGCUACAAGUUCUUCUACGAGCAAUCUGAUGGCCAGAAGCGCGAAGAAAAAGCUGAGCUGAAAGCAUCGGCGGCGGAUCCGGAAGUGCAGGCAAUCUCAGUCAGCGGGUCGUACGAGUACACCGAUAACGAUGGCAAGCGAUACCUUGUCACGUACACCGCCGACGAGAAUGGCUACCGUCCGAUGGUGAAGCAGCUGUAGGGCACCAACAGAUAGAUG